AUGCUUACCCAGCCAGGGAGCCAGACAGAGAAGGUGGAGAAGUCUCUGAAAAGAGAAAAGCUCCGAGUCUCCAGCAAAUCUUGGCUGAGGCGGGCACGGUCACUGUCAGGCUUCAGCCCCCGCCGAGAGCGACACGGAGACCGCGAUGGCCACCUCGCCAGCCUGCUGCUGCUGCUGCUGCUGCCGCUGCUGAGCCAGCCCUGGCUGGGGGCUGGCGCUGACACACAGGCAGUGGUGUGCGCGGGCACUGCCUGCUACUCGGCCCACUGGGGCAAGCUUUCUGCCGCCGAGGCCCAGCAUCUCUGCAGCAAGGACGGGGGCAACCUGGCCACGGUGAGGACCGAGGAGGAGGCCCGGCACAUCCACCGAGCACUGGCCCAGCUCCUACAGCCUGGGGCGCCCUGGACAGGCAAGUUCUGGAUAGGACUCCAGCGAGAAAGGGGCAAGUGCUUGGACCCCAGGCUGCCCCUGAAGGGCUUCAGCUGGGUGGGCGGUGGGGAGGACACACUGUAUUCCAACUGGUACAAGGAGGCCAGGCACACUUGCAUCUCCAAGCGCUGUGUGUCCCUGAUGCUGGACCCGUCCGUCUCUUCCCUCUCCAGCCACCUCCCCAAGUGGUCUGAGGGCCCCUGUGGGAGCCCGGGCGCUCCUGUAAACAACAUCGAGGGCUUCGUGUGCAAGUUCAGCUUCAAAGGCAUGUGCCGGCCCCUGGCCCUGGGGGGCCCAGGCCAGGUGAACUACACCACUCCUUUCCAGGCCACCAGCUCCUCCUUGGAGGCUGUGCCCUUCGCCUCGGUGGCCAACGUGGCCUGUAGGAAUGGGGAUAAGAGUAAGCAGCAUUUCUUCCUGUGCAAGGAGAAGGCCACUGAUGUGUUCGACUGGGGCAUCUCGGGACCCCUCUGUGCCAGCGCUGAGUACGGAUGCAGCUUCAGUAACGGGGGCUGCCAGCAGGAAUGCUUGGAGGGGGAGGGUGGCUCCUUCCGCUGCGGCUGCCGCCCGGGGUUCAGGCUGCUGGAUGACCUGGUGACCUGUAUCUCCCGGGACCCUUGUAGCUCCAGCCCUUGCAGAGGAGUGGCCACAUGCGUCCCCGAGUCCCUCUGGAAAAACUACACGUGCCAGUGCCCCGAAGGCUACCAGCUGAACACGACUCAGCAGGACUGUGUAGAUGUGGACGAAUGCCAGGCCUCCCCCUGUGAACAGGAGUGUGUCAACACCCCUGGGAGCUUCCACUGCCAGUGCUGGGUGGGCUACGAGCCCAGCAGCCCCGGAGGGCAGGCCUGUCAGGAUGUGGAUGAGUGUAUGAGUCCCGAGGGCAGCCUCUGUGAAGGCUACUGCCUCAACACGCAAGGGUCCUUCCGCUGCACCUGCUUGCCAGGUAUGGAGCUGGCCCCCGACGGGGUCUCCUGUAUCACAGGCACCACAUCCCUGGGACCAUCUGCUGAGACCCCCCAGGAGCAGAACACAGGAGAUAGAGAAAGGAGCCUCAGGCCUUCUACCACAACCUCAAGUCCAACUGGGGGCCCUGAGGGCACUUCCAAGGUGGCAUCCACCAGGUGGAGACUCUUCCUUGAAUCCAAUGCCUCUAUCACCCCUACGUCACCCCAGUCUCUGGCCACCACUGGGUCCCCUGGAAUCUGGAUGGAGUACAGCAGCCAUCACCCCACAGCCACCACUGAUCACGAGGAGUCUACGGAUGGGGAUCUCAUUGCCCAACAAAAGAAUGACAGCCCUGACUGGCAAAAGCUGCUUUUGUUCUAUAUCCUCGGCACUGUGGCGGCCAUCUUACUCCUGCUGGCUCUGGCCCUGGGGCUGCUGGUCUACCGCAAGCGGAGAGCCAAGAGGGAGGAGAAGGAGAAGAAGCCCCAGAGCGCGGCAGACAGCUACUCCUGGGUUCCGGAGAGAGCUGAGAGCAGGGCCAUGGAGAACCAGUACAGUCCAACACCUGGGACAGACUGCUGAAGGUGGCCCCAGAGACACUGCCAGUCAGCUGCCACCAUCCUCAGAGCUCAGAUGGAGGGACCCACAUCCUUCUGAAAGACUGGACUGGAAUCUUAGCAAACAAUUGUCAACUUUCUCCUUAAAAGCCUGGCCACGUGGGACGGUCAGGUGUAUCCUAAAUGCGUGUGUUAUUCCCAGAGUGGAAGCCAUGGGUUGCGGUGUCAUGGCGGGGAAUUUUGUGAAUAUUAACAAUUGUCACUCAGUCUCCGUUUUCAAAUACGAAUACGAUUGAUUUCCUUUUUCUGCACUGGUUCUGGAUUAUGUCAGGUGCUAAUGGGCUUCUCUGCCCACUGGAGUCAUCGAAGAAGAAAAGGGGUCUGAUAAUGCUAACUAGUAUAAUGGGGACUAAGUAAAUUAUUGUUUAAUUAUGUAAGAAGUUAUUUUUUUUUGUCAAAGGGAACGUAUUUAGGACUGAAAACAUGUCUUUGCAUUUACAUUCAUGUAUUUUCCCAUCACAAGUCCUGCCGACCUCGAUGUUGUUGAAAUCCUCCACAGCGACCAGAAAUCCACUUAGUUAGCAAGGAGGUAGGGAGUUUAGAAAUCACAUGUCUCGUUCUUAAGUUUCUGAGAGUCUUGUCUUUAUUUGCUAGAAACUUGAAAAAUGUGGAUAAAGUUGUAUGAAGCGAGUUACAACGGUUUUGAAAAUAAUCAAAAGUGCUGAAGAGGGAGGCCAGGGUUUGUUCCGCAAACACUUGAAUCUAAUUUCAUCUAAAUGUUCUGAUGUGAACACAGACUUGACUGCGGAGGCGUUGAACACUCAUAGGAAAGACGUCAGGGGCAACCUGUCUCGAAGCCUGCGCAUCCCGAGACACCCGCCCUGCCCCGCGUCCCUGCCUUCACCUCAGGCAGCUCUGCAUUUCGGUGCUUUGACUGUAGAUGGAGGGCACCCUAGGGAGUCGUUCGCUCUGAUGGUUUCCAAAGGACACGUGAGGGAGAUGCCUUGCUGGCAUCAUAAAGCUUUUUAGCCCGGUUCACAGUCGACAUUAGCACAGUUCAGUCCUGACAACUUGAUCCUGAUGUGUGGCUGCAGCACACAGAAGGGCCGGGGGCCAGUCACGCACCAUGACAGUCCCCAUGCUGCUUCAGGAACUUGUAUCCUCUUUUUCUCUUUUUCUUAAAGAGGGAGUCUGGGGGAGGGAAAGAAGAGAGAAUAACUAAAAUCUCUUGCAACUAUAAAAACUGCUCAAAGCAACGUUAAUUUAUAUCCUCAUGUUCAAAGACUCACCUCGCCAAGAUUUCCCCUUGCGAUGUGGUCAGUACUGCGAGGUUCUGUCUGUGCAGCCAGAAAGCCGCUGGGAUGGUCAAGGCUGUUCCUGCUGCCUGAGGAGCUGUGAGGUCUCCAGCCCCUGGGGGUGGGGGCGGGGGCAGGUCAAGGCUGUGCCCGCUGCCUGAGGAGCCCUGGAAGGCCUCUGGCCCCUGGGGGCUGUCUGCUGCCACCACGCAGACAUCCAGAGGGAAUGGGCUUCCUUCCAGAGAUUCCAAACUCUGCCUCGCAGGAGGAGGGCAUCCCAUUGUUUCUGGUUUUGCCUUAGAAAUGCAACCGUCCCAGAGGUUAACACCUGGCCCUCAGAGUCCAGUACGCAUUUUUUUUUUUCCAAAUUUGAAAUGUAGGUGCUACACUUUAUUAUUUUUUUAAAGACCAUGGGAAACUGCAGGCGGUGUAAAAGGAAACAGGAAGGCUCCGUGGAGCCUAGCAGGCGCUUGGAAGUUCUGCAUUUUAGUCAGUUUUCACUUGGAGUAAGUGGUGUCUGACACUCUAGGAGACCAAAGCUGUGCCCCUUCAUCACAGGAGCCUGGCAGUCUCUUGUAUGGGAACCAACUGGUGAUUGAAAGGCUGUUGCUGACCAGUAUCUGCACUGACAUGAAAUAAAUGCAAAUUCAACAGCUUCCCCCUAGGUUUUUACAGUUUUUCUUUUCGUUUGGGAUGAAGGAGACGAUCUUACUCUGGGCUUUGCCCAAGUCCUCUGUGAUCCUGUGGGCCUUGAACUGGCUGAGGCUACUAACAUGCACUCUCAUUUCUGUGUUCGGUUCUUCUAGGGCCCCCAAGGGGCUAAAAGGGCUGAUAAAUAGCAGUUUCUCAGAAUCUGCUCUGGCUGAGUUGGCCCCCCAAAUGCCAGUGAGGUCUCUUGCUCUCACGCCACUGCCCACUAGCGGCCAAGAUCCUCGACCUGCAUUGACCUCAGGCAGAGAAACUGAUGAAACUACUGGCCUCAAACAGAUGCUUUAUUCCCCCCUUUAACACUGCUAUAAUUCCGCCUGAGUACUUGAAUCCUUGUACUGGAGAGCUCCGGGCCACGGCAGUGAAUACACAAGUGUUUGUGGGCUGUGUGGCCAUUGGUGAACUUCCCAUUUAUUCACAGGGGCCCAGGUGGCUCGGCCAUGACACAGCCAGAGAAGUGGAUGGGGCUGAGCAUGGGGAGAGGUGGCCCUGCCAUGUGCACACCCUCCAACCACGUCCCUGGGUGGGGACGGACCAGGUGCUGCUGUUUCUGACCUGCUGAGCAGCAGGACAAGUGAGACGAUGGGGAGAGGGAGAAGGGUCUACUUAGCAAAGGCUCAAAGGCGAUGGAGACUUUUGUCCAAAUAGUAUUUCCUAUAGUUCAAUCAUUUUAGGAAACCCUUGGAAAACCUAGAUCUGGGACAAACUUACUUCCUCUUACCUUUCACCUUCCAAGGCAGAUCAUUGAAAAGGGGGAGGACACCUUUAAUUAUGCACCUCACUAGGCCCAUUUUUUUUCUUUUAGGGACAGUCAUUGCUUCUUUUUCUUGUUUACUAUUUGUAGAGCCUGAUGCAAGAGGACAUUUCCCCCUCGGGAACCUGAGACGUGGAGGAAAUCGAGGGUGGGACAACUAUCCAACAAGGCCUAGGGGGUGGUGAUAAUGGUGAGCAGGACCCACCACUGCUCAGCAGUGCGGCCUCGAGGCACACGCAGCUGUUGAGGGCAGCUUGACCAUCGGAGUGGUGACACUGUGAUGUUACACAUCCACAUGGCGUUUUCCCAGCAGCAGUAAGUGGGUGAAUUAAGCAGUUUCUGAGUUGAGGGCAGGAGGACUCUGGGGUGCGGUCCCUGUCAGGCUUUGCAAGGCCAACUCGAGCCCUAAGUGUUAUUCAGUGGUAGCCUAGCAACCUUGGCAAAGGCUCCUCCUCCCAUCUUUUCAUGAUCAGGCAAACAAGUGGAAGCAAAAGUUAAGCGUGCGAUACCUGCUCACGUACAUCACGAAGGCGGACCUGAGGAGGGAAUGAAUCUCUUUUCUCUUAAACGCACAUGUGCGCGUCGCUGUUCUCGUUUAUGUUCUAAGCAUGAGCACCUGUCUGAGCCUGCUGUGCUGGCACCUGGCCUCCUCACGAGAGAUCUUUGAAGAAUAUGCAUUUCAGCAUUGGUUACUUUUACUCCAACUUUCUUGUCCAUAAACAUGUGAAAACUAAAAGAAAAGAGAUGAGAUCUGACAAAAAUAGUACAAACUUCAAAAUAAUGCAGUUUUUAAAGGCAAAUAUAGGAAAGCCUUUUGUGUUAUUUUUCUCCUGGACUUUGCCAUUGUCUGGAACAGGAAAACAGGAAAGCAAUGCUUUCUAGCAGCUGCAAAUCGUGUAAUGGCUCCACAUAUUUCCAUCACCUUAAACAAUAGGUCCAGUGUGGGAAUCUGAGAUAUGAGCCCCGGGCACAUCUGUUUCUGUCAGGCUGCAAAACCACUGCUUAGAUCUGUGUGGUUCAUGGAAUGAACAACAACAAAAAACCCAAAAAGAUAAUAAACAAAAUUCCCCACCUCCUGAUUUUGGGAACUAAUAUUAACUGAUGUGCUUUAAAAAAAUUGUGCUUUGGUCUGUUCUUAGCGUUAAUGCCCAUUUAUUUUAAGAAGCAACUCUAGAAUUUCUUUCUCGAAUAGUUUCUUUUAUCUGCAAAGUGGCAAGGGUUUCCUCCCCUCCCCACAGCAGAUUUUGUCCUCUGCUCCCCUGGGCUGAAGUUCUUUUUGCAUAUUUGGCUUAAGCUUGAACUAGAUUGUAUGCUGGGUCUUGUUCUGCUAUGGUAGGUGUGAUUGUAAAUGGCUAGUCACUUCAUGAAUGUUAAGUGAGAAUGUAAGUAGUUUUAAAUUCGUGUAUUUAAACUGUGUUCCACUAAUUCUGGAAUCCUGGGCUUUCAAUGCGGGGUUUAUUUUCAUCCCAGGCAUGAGUGCUUCGCAGGUUGGGGGGAGGGCACGCUUGAAUGGGGCACUGAUCCUCAGAACUCUGAGAAACUGAGCGGCAUCUUGGGUCAGCUUCAAACGGCAGGUUUGUUGUCUUUUGCACUUUGUAUCACACAACUAUUCUAAUAAAGUCUGAAAUAUG